GGGCGGGGAAGGGGAGUGAGAGCCCCGGCGGAGCCCGCACAGCCCCCGCGCCCCGCGGGUCCGCCGUGCCGGAGCGCCGCGCACAGGACUAGAAGAAUAAAGAGAAGUUGGAUUGAUGAGAACUAUAAGAAAGCAUACAGCAGUUUGGAAUGGAUUGAUUUAUGAUACAUCUGAUAUGUGAGAGCUACAUUUCGUGACGCUGUUGUCCAGCUGCUGCUGGAGUACUUCAGCUGACUUCAUUGCAGCAAGCCCAAGUGAUAGGUCCUCACCACCAGCAGAACGUAAGCAAGUGUGAUGCUGAAAUGAGAUGAGGCUCCGAAAUGGAACUGUGGCCACCGUGUUAGUUUUCAUCACUACUUUCCUCAGUCUGUCCUGGUAUACUGCUUGGCAAAAUGGGAAAGAAAAGCUGAUUGCCUAUCAGCGGGAGUUUCACGCUCUGAAGGAACGCCUGCGCAUCGCCGAGCACCGCACGCUGCAGCGCUCCUCCGAGCUCAACGCCAUCCUGGAGCAGUUCAGGAGGGCCGUGGCAGAAACCAAUGGCAGUAAGAAUGCCAUGAAUAAUUUUUCAGAUGAGACGCUGAAAUUAUUAAAAGAGCUAACAAGUAGAAAAUCUCUUCAAGUGCCAAAUAUCUAUUACCAUUUGCCUCAUUUGUUGAAAAAUGAAGGAAGCCUUCAACCUUCUGUGCAGGUUGGCCUUGGAAGGACAGGAGUUUCCAUUGUAAUGGGAAUACCUACAGUGAAAAGAAAAGUCAAGUCUUACCUUACAGAAACUCUCCACUCCCUUAUUGAUAAGCUGUCCCCUGAAGAAAAGCUGGAUUGUGUUAUGGUUGUCUUUAUAGGAGAGACUGAUCUUGAUUAUGUUAACAGUGUUGUUGCAAGCCUGGAAAGAGAGUUUUCUACAGAGAUCAAUUCUGGCUUGGUGGAAGUAAUAGCCCCUCCUGCAACAUACUAUCCUGACUUGACCAACUUGAAAGAAACAUUUGGAGACUCAAAAGAGAGAGUGAGAUGGAGAACAAAACAAAACUUGGAUUAUUGUUUUCUUAUGAUGUAUGCCCAGAAAAAAGGGGUUUAUUAUAUUCAGCUUGAAGAUGACAUUGUUGUCAAGCAGAAUUAUUUCAGCACAAUAAAAAAUUUUGCACUUCAGCUCGCUUCUGAAGAUUGGAUGAUUCUAGAAUUUUCUCAGCUGGGUUUCAUUGGUAAAAUGUUCCAGUCUCCAGAUAUCACUCUUAUUGUAGAGUUCAUAUUUAUGUUUUAUAAGGAGAAACCUAUUGAUUGGCUCCUGGACCAUAUCCUCUGGGUGAAAGUGUGUAACCCUGAGAAAGAUGCUAAACAUUGUGAUCGACAGAAAUCUAACCUACGGAUACGCUUCAGGCCUUCUCUUUUCCAGCAUGUUGGCCUCCACUCUUCUCUAGCAGGGAAGAUCCAGAAACUCACAGAUAAAGACUUCCUGAAACCAUUACUGCAUAAAAUCCACGUGAAUCCACCCGCAGAGGUUUCGACAUCUUUAAAAGUCUACCAGGGGCAUACGCUAGAAAAAACCUACGUAGGGGAAGAUUUUUUCUGGGCUGUCACACCAGUUGCUGGAGAUUAUAUUCUCUUUAAAUUUGACAAGCCAGUCAAUGUAGAAAGGUACUUGUUCCACAGUGGCAAUCCAGAGCAUCCAGGAGACAUACUUCUAAACACAACUGUAGAGGUUUUGCCUUUUCAGAGUGAAGAAAUGGUAUUAAGCAAAGAAACCAAAGACAAACGCUUAGAGGAUGGUUACUUCAGGAUAGGGAAGUUUGAAAAUGGUGUAGCUGAAGGAACAGUUGACCCCAGCCUAAAUCCUAUUUCAUCAUUCCGGCUUUCAGUGAUACAAAAUUCAGCCGUUUGGGCAAUUCUGAAUGAGAUUCAUAUUAAAAAGAUGACAAACUGAUCAUGGAAAUCUGCUUUAGAGGAAAAAGAAAGCAUUCUUGAAAAUUCUUCCUAUAAAAUCUGACAUCCUUAGCAAGUCACAAAUUGAAAAUACUGAGCAUGCACCUUAUUCCAAAUGUCAUUCUUUUUCACUUGAACUCUACCUCUUGUGAUAUCUACUGUAGAUGAGAAGAUUGUAUUUACCCCUUCUUAUCUGAUCCAUCCAGAAACUGAUGCUCCACACUGAUAACGUUCAUCUGAGGCCCAAGUUGUCCUCCACUGUAAUGUGACUUUACCAUCUUAUGGUUGCAGAACCCUGCUACCCUUAACCUGUACUAUUUUGAUAGUAUAGUAAUACAGAGUUGUACAUAUUGUUACAUUCCUUGAAGAAAAAGAAAUAUAAUUAUUGUUAAAUAAGUUUUAUGAAGGGGGUACUUUCGGAAGUCCAUUUAUUUUCUAUAACAAGAACCCUCUUUUAUAGACUGUCAGGGAUAUAUAUUAAAAAUGGUAGGGAUAUUUAAUUUAUUAAAAUAAUUUGAA